AUACUACAGGAGGAAAUAGUGCUUAGUGAAACCACAAUGGCAGUGGAUAGCCCGAACAGUGAUCAUAGGAGCUCCCCAAGAUGGAUGUUCUGGAAGAAGAGACGUUACCUGGUAGCAUGCCUGGCCUUCCUGGGGUUUUGCAACGUCUACAUCAUGAGGGUGAAUUUGAGUGUAGGCAUAGUCGCCAUGACUACCAGCUACACAGUCGUCUUGGAGAACGGAACAACUAUUGAAACACAGGACUUUGAUUGGGACUUCAAGAAGCAAGGAGUGAUCCUCAGUUCCUUCUUCUACGGCUACUUGAGCACUCAACUACUAGGGGGAUGGUUGGGCGCCCGUCUGGGUGGCAAGUUCGUGUUAGGGGUUGGAGUGCUCGUCACUGCACUGCUCACCACCCUCACACCACCAAUCGCCACUACCAGCUUUUACCUAUUCGUCUUCGCUCGGAUCAUCGAGGGAUUGUUUGAGGGAGGGACAUAUCCCGCUGCCCAUGCUCUCUGGGCUCGGUGGGCUCCUCUGCAAGAACGAAGCUUUCUAGUAGGGUUAUCACUUUGUGGGACUCCCGUGGGAACGGUAUUGGGUCUACAGAUGUCCGGAGUGUUGGGUAGUGUCUUGGGCUGGCGGGCUAUUUUCUACAUCACAGGUCUCUUGAGUCUUGUGUGGUCCAUAGUUUGGUUAUUAGUGGUCAAAGACCGCCCAGAGGACGACCCGAACAUAUCUCCUGAGGAGCUGCAGUAUAUCAAGGACUCCAUAGCCAGUGUCCCUCCUGCAAGCAAUCAGGUGACACAUCCGUGGCUAAAGAUCUUAACUUCCCUACCGUUUUGGGCUAUUGUAGUUGCCGAUUUUGCUGUAGGCUGGGCUCAUUACACCAUGCUUAUUUUGCUCCCUACAUUUAUGAAAGAUGUAUUCGACUAUAACCUGGCUGAAGCAGGGAUCAUAUCUUCACUUCCGUAUGUGAUGAUGGGGCUGUCCACUCAGUUCUUUGGAGGCAUCAGUGAUUGGCUGCAAAAUACAAAUGUUCUAUCCACUACACAGAUACGCAAAAUAUUUCUGAGCGGGACUCUGCUGGGCCAGGCGGGUUUCCUGUUCCUGGCAGGACACUUGCGGUCCUCUAUUGCCGUAGUCCUGUGUCUCAUUGUAGAUCUCGGACUGGAGGGCAUCACUUUCGCCACUUACUAUGUCAACUGCCUCGACAUCGCGCCCCAGCACGCCAGUGUGUUAUUUGGUAUCUCAAACACCUUUGGAAGUUCAGCUGGGGUUAUCACUCCCCUGCUUACAAGUUUCAUUGUCACCGAUAAGAGUGCGGAGCAGUGGGAGGUUAUAUUCUACAUCGCCAGUUCUCUCAUGGCGGUGGGAGCCGUGUUCUGUGGUGUGUUUGCGUCUGGAGAUAGGCAGCCCUGGGCGGUGGAGCAACAAUCUACUCUACCGUGCAAGAAUGGCAACACUGGUUGCUUGAACAAUGCAUUCAGUGAUACCCAUGAGGAUAAAUCCUAACUAUAAUGACUCUAGAUCUUUAAUUUAUAUACUCGAAUGUGUUGAAUUACUUUCAAUCAAUAUUUACUGUGAAUAUGUAUUAAUAACAAUUGUUUUUGGUUACGAUCACCAAUUUCUAACCAUUGCAAUCCAAAUUCUCAAAUCACAGUGUUUAGAUUUUUAUAAUAAUGUAGAAAGAUUCUUAAAUAAGUACAACUAAGAGUAAGCUAUAAUGCCUUCUAUAUUAUUUUAUUCGUGUUGAAAAUAGAAAAAUAGAUUUUAAAAGUGUCUCAACGUUGCUCUUAUCUAUAACGUAAUAUCAUAUUGGCCUAUUUAAUUAUGUUAUUAAGAUCCAAAAUAAACUUAUUAUACGUACCUAGAAGAGCAUAAUCUAUAAUUUUCGGUUUAAAUGAUGGUUAAAGUUAUUAUUUGAUGUUUAUAUUAGUUUUGUGCAAUAUACGAACUAUUAGUCUAGGUCCCGAACCCAAUUUAUAUACAAUAAGCACACAAUCGUGUCUCGUGAAAUCGAUAUGAUAAUUUGUCCUUAAGAAAAUUGCAAAUUUAGCUAUCGGCUCUUGGACUGGAUUUACUCCCGUACAUAUUUUAAUAUUUGUUUGUAUGCGCUAAUGUUAUUUAUAAUUUAUAUUUAGUAUAUUAUUAUUAUACAUUAUUUUUUAAGUAUAUAUCAAAUUUCGUAGCUUUCUUAGUGAAAAAACCUUUAAUGUAAUACGAUAGCGCCCUAGGGUAGUUUAAAAAAUAUAAUUAGGCAUAUAUAAUUCAUCACGCACCAGGUACUCAUUUUUCAGGGUUCAUUAUUAAGAGGACCAGAGGUUAAGGAAACUUGCGAGUAAUUGUUAUAUCAGGUUUUGCACUUCUAAUUAAAAAUAAUUUUGUUUCCAACGUAAAA